AUGGCCCAGGAGGUAGAGGAGGCCAAGGCCUGCUACGAGCUUCCUUCAGGACUAAGGAGUGUUCUGGCUGAAGAUGGCAGCUGCAAGUGUUAUGUCCUAUUGCAGGUCACACAUCCUGGCAAGAAUGGCCUGGAUUACUACAGGAAUGACAGCACGGUGCUGUCCCUGUGUGAGAACCCAGUGAACAGCACAGACUUCAUGUGUGACAAGAGGCAGGUCAGGCAGUUUGCUCAAGCUUUCCUGCCAGUGUUUUUUUGGCUCAUCUUCACUGUGGGCACCAUGGGCAACACCUUGGUUGUGCUUGUCUAUUGCAAAUACCAUUUCAGGAGGAGCAUGAUGGAUCUGUAUCUGUUGCACCUGGCCAUUGCUGACCUCCUGCUCCUUUUCACCUUCCCCUUCUGGGCCAAGGCUGCUUCUGAUGGAUGGAUCUUUAAGGACUUCAUGUGCAAAGUUGUCAACAGCAUGUAUAAGAUCAACUUCUAUGGCUGCAGCUUGCUUCUAACCUGCAUCAGCUUUGACAGGUACAUCACUGUAGUCCAAGCGAUGAAAGCUAGAACUAGUAAGCGAAGGAGGCUCCUGCGCAGCAGGCUCAUGUGCCUGGCUGUCUGGCUGACAUCUGUGAGCCUGUGCAUCCCAGAACUCAUUUAUAGCCAGAGCACACAGGUGGGUGACAUAACAGUUUGCAAAAUUAUGUACCCACCAAAUGUCAGCGUGAUCUUCAGAGUUACGGUUCUGGCCUUGAAAGUCGUCAUAGGAUUCUUCCUCCCGCUCAUCGUCAUGGUGAUUUGUUAUGCCCUUAUCAUCAACACCCUCCUACAGGCCAAAAGAUUUCAAAAGCAGAAGUCGCUGAAGAUCAUCACCAUGAUCCUCACCGCUUUCCUCCUCUCUCAGUUCCCGUACAAUAUUGUUUUGCUGGUCAAAGCCAUCAACACCUACAUGGAGGUGGUGCACAGUUGUCAGGCUGCCAACCAGCUGGACAUCGGGCUGCAGGUCACCCAGAUCAUCGCCUUCCUCCACAGCUGCCUCAACCCCUUCCUCUAUGUCUUUGCUGGCGAACGGUUCAGGGUGGCGCUGGGCAGGAUGAUGCAAAGCUGUGGCUGCUGCUGGAGCAGGGGCCAGGAGCACUCCUCUGCCUGUGACAGCCAGGACCACAGCUCAAACUGGUCCUUUGCCAUGCUGGGGGGGCGGCGGGUCAGGAACUCCCUGAUCCUCAACACGCACUGGACCUCCUCUGUUAUGUCCCCUCCUUCCAAAGUCAUCCUGUGAGUUAGUCCUCACCUUCUCCUCUCCGGAGAAGCACCAAGCUCUUUGGAAAUCAUCUGUAUACCCCAAAGAUUAUCCCAGAAGGGCAGAAAGGGUUGGGGGCCUGCCCUUGACAUGUGGGACCCACUUGAGGGUUGGUGGCUGAGAGAACAGGAAACCUUUGGCAGAUGGGAGCAAAAUGGAACCAUAUAAACGUUUAUAUGCUAUAAACAGCACUGUCACAAAAACUAUCUUUGUGACCGCUGGCCCAUCUGCAGCUCAGACCACAACCUGAAAUAACAAGCCUCAAAGCAGGUGAUAAAACAAGCAGGUGAAAUAACAAGCCUUGCAGCUGUGUUGCAGCUACGGCUGCAACACAGGCAGAUGAAGCAUUCUGUCCAUAGGAAG